AUGGCUGAAGCUGUUGCAAUCGCAGCAAGUGUGAUCGCUAUUGUUCAAAUCGCGGAUCGAAUUAUUGGCUUGUGCAAGUCCUACAUUUCGAGCGCACGAGAUCUGGCCUCCGAACUUCGUGUCGUAUUGAUCGAGACUUCAAGCAUAAAGACUACUUUCGAAACAUUGCAAUUCCUGUCCUGCCACACCAGCGGAGCAUCCGCAAUACUGAGCGCCUUAUCUAGCAAUGGUGGACCUAUCUCAGGGUGUUAUGAGGCCAUUGCAAAACUUGAAAAGCUUUUAAGCAUCGACCAGAGCCAGCCAGAGGGUCAUCCCAAAACCAAGAAACAGAAAGCAAAGGCUGCCUGGGCAGCGCUAGCUUGGCCACUGAAGGAGAGCAAAGCAAAAAAGCUGCUUGCAGACAUAGCGCGAUACAGAGAUACUAUUACCAUGGCUAUUACUACAGAUUCUGCAUUCGUCAGCCAAGACAUCAAAGACCUCAAAGUAAAGACGAUGCAGGUCUACGAAAAGCUCACGGACAGCGAACGCCAAGACAUUUUCAGAUGGCUCCAAAAGACUGACCCAUCGCCUUUGCAUCAUCGAAACCAGGAUCUGUACGAACCAGGUACGGGUGACUGGAUGAAACGGCAUCCAGAAUGGACUAGCUGGUUGGACUUGACUCAACGCUGUCUUUGGAUCCAUGGAAUUCCAGGUGCUGGUAAAUCUGUUUUGUUCUCCCAUCUGGUUGAAGCUGUUCGAGAACACUGCGAUCAUCAAGAUGAAGCUAUACCAUUUCUACGAUGGCUGGUUUCUCAGAUUUGCCGGCAGGCAAAGCAGGUACCCUCAAGCGUCACUCGUAUGUACAACCAUGGCGGGGAGCCAAGUCUAAAAGAUCUACAACAAGCUGUCAUAGACAGUCUCGACCUUUUUGAAACAACAUACAUCAUGGUAGAUGCGAUCGAUGAAAGCAAUCCCAGAGAGAGCCUGCUCAAGGUCUUCCAAGACUUCGUUACCGAUCAUCGACUCAGGAAUGUUCAGCUUUUGGCAACAAGUCGGGAAUAUAUUGAUAUCGAGCGCGUAAUGAAGGGUAUCUCUGUACCAAUCUCAAUGGCGAACCCUUACGUGGAGCACGAUAUCAAAAUCUGCGUUCAUUCUCUGCUUGAUACAAUUCACUAUUUCGCCAGUUGGCCUAAAGAUCUUUUGACAGAAGUUGAGGAGGCAAUUCAGAAAGGCGCCAAAGGAAUGUUUCGCUGGGCCGUAUGUCAAGUCGACGCACUCAAACGACUCAAACCCGACCCUCAAAUCGUCCAUAAAGCCUUAAGAAACCUGCCCGAAACAUUGGACGAGACGUACGAUCGGAUUCUGGACAUUCCGGACAAAGACCAAAUGUUUGUGCAUCAUGCGCUUCAGUGGGUCUGUUACCAUGGUGACAUGCAUGGCGGCUGUGGAAUGCCUUGUGAUGUGUUACUCCAAGCUGUGAAUGCAAGUAUGGCGAAGUCUACCGCUGAGAACAAUGACCGCAUUUACAACAAUGAGACACUCAGGGAGCUAUGUGGGUGUCUUAUUAAUAUUGUAAGCGAUUGUGGGUUCAUUAAUGCGAACGACUCCUCUUUGGUAGUCGCCUUUGCCCACUACACCGUUCGAGAAUGGCUCGAAUCGAGUCGUACCUCUAAAAGUUCUACUCCCUUUACGAUUGCAUGCAAGCAACUUCUUUCUAAAUUUUUUGCCCGCGUCAUAAUAUCAGAGGUCUCUAACCUGAAGUCGAACGAGAUUUACGAAGAAGGCGUCGGCUCGCAAAGUGGUCCUGACAUUAUGGAUGCCAUAGAGACCAAUUUCGAUAGUUACUGCAUGGUCAUCAUACCUGCUGUCCUUCAAGGUUGCGUUAGUGAGCUAGUCCAGGACGCGACCUUCCGUAAGCAUGCUUUGGAUCUUUUGGAUCCUUCUGAUAAACGUUAUCAGACGAUGACAAGCGCAAUAUCCAGCUUCGAGAUUGAGACACGUUACUACAGUGAUCAAGACUGGUUUCCUAUCAGCCAAUUUUGGACAAUGCAGUGGCUGGAAAUGCCCAGUGACAUUGCUGCUUGGCGAUGCUUUAUUUUGUAUAUCUCCAUGUGCAGUAUCGAUGCAUUUGAGCCCCUGUUUGCGCAGUGCAUAAAGGAAGUUGGCAAGGAAAAUUUGAGUCGAACUCGUUUUCGGUACGGACAAAGUAUUGCUGAGGAUGGACUUUCGAUCUUCAAUAGUGAACAGAUAUUUGACGGAUCACUGAUCCAAAUCGCUGCACAAAUUGGAACUAUCUAUGAGGAACAGGGGCUUGCUCGGCUACUGGAGUAUGAUGACGUUCUCUUUAACCCUUCGAAAAUUCUUAUUUUGUAUAUGCCAUGUCAUAUACACGAGAACGACUGCGAAGGAUAUCGUUGCGCUUUGUCGAAACUACUGGACCUAGGCGGAGAUGCCAAUGGCACAUACUCAUGGAUAACACCGCUACAAAUUGCCGUGGCAGCCUGGGACCGUCCAGGAGUAAGCACACUACUCCGUGCGGGCGCAAAUCCGAAUCAUUGCGGUAAUGGUGAUACCAUUCCUUGGGAUAAAGGCUCAAUAAUGCCUCGUUUCAGUCAUUUGCACGGCGCGAGUCCUUUACAUAUCCUACGAACUACUGAGUGUAUCGUUGAAGAUCGAGAGGUUCUUACAAGGAGCCAAGUACCAGUCUCUCAAGUCGGACGUGAGGCACACAGCAAAAUGAUGAGCAGUAACAAAGCAAAAGUGCCAAAUCCGGGAGGAGGACAAGCCGGUAGACGCUCAGAAGCACCACCUGACGACCAUCGAUUUCGAUUGCACGCCCGUCAAUACCCUCAGCUGACCGCUCCGGAUUUCGAACAACUAAAGAGAAGACCAAGCGAUGAAGUCCUUUGGUUAGCACAGGCUCCUGCACCAACAUCCUAG